UUUGGAAAAGAAUGAAAAAGAUACUUUGUAGUUUCGGUUAAUGAGGAUUAUUCAAUAGCUUCAAGAUUCUUUCCUAAUUUAUAGGUUUAAUUAAGUUUUUACACUUAGGUUGAUUUUUAACAUAACAAACACUUACGUUACUUGAUGUCCACUCUUCAGAAUCAGAAUUUCAAUGGAGGCACACAGAGCAGCAAUGAUGUCCGGUUCCUCAAAUGUUGUCUUUAUGUCAAGUAUUCUGGGUCAGGAUGGGACAAACCCGGGUCACAAGUGUGAUUGGAAAUGUCAAAACGAGCACGUCUGUGGAAAUAUGUUCCGAUGCAGGCUUACCGGACAGACCCAUAUUUGUGACAAAAACUGUAACCAGCGAAUUCUGUACGGUAAUCACAACUCACUGUGCAGAGUCAGUGGACAGAUUUUCCCACUUACACCUACGGAGCAGCAAGCAACUAGAGGUGUUCGUAAGAAGUUUGAAGCCGAGGCUUCCUCUUCCGAGACCUGUUCUUUCAAGCGUCGGCGUGAUUCAAAUUUACAUCCUUCGCCUUUCGAGAGAUCAUUUUCUGCUGUCAGCCCUAUCUGCAGUCAAGUUGGAGAUGGAAUGCUGAGAUAUGGCUAUUUAUUGUGUUCUAUGAAGGUGUCUUAACCAACAUCCAAUGAACUGGAUAAUAUGCAAGUGGCAGUUUACCUCUGCUUUCAGAGUUGAAUCAAGAAGAUGAGUUUUGACCCACAUUCUGGAGUUAUUUAGAUUUGUUCUCUCGUUUCUGGUAUGUUCUAAACUUGGUGAGGAUCUCCUUCUGUACGAGUUCUAAAUUCUGAACCGGGAUGGCGGGAUCACUUUCUAUCAGACUCCGUAACACAUUUCACCAGGGCAACUCCCACACUUAAUGCUGAUGUGUCAUGAAUCAGCCUUUGUACUGUCUACCCCUGGAACUCCAGUGACUUGGCUCAGUCAUCUUAUCCUUUUCCAUGGUUGC